CCAAGUUCAGUUCGGCUGCUUCCCCAUCUCACCACGGCUGUACCUCAGUAGCCAGAGCUCGCAGACAUUCCUGCGCUGCCCUCGCCCUGCACACCGGCGGGCAGGGCUCACAUGACCGUGGAAGGAGACGGCCCGCACCCUGGGAGGGGUCUGCAGACAGGAACUGCCCGCCUGGCCAUCCUGCUUCCUACUACCAGCCCGACCUGGGAGAAGUGGAAUUGGAGUUGGGCUGUGGCCCCGCUUAGCUUUGUCAGGAGUGCAGUUGAGGCACAGUUGCAGAAAUGACUCUGAAUGCAGGGAAUAUAAAUUUUAAGUGGGACCCAAAAAGUUUGGAAAUUCGAACUCUUGCAGUUGAAAGGCUUCUUGAGCCAUUGGUUUCCCAGGUGACAACUCUGGUUAAUACUAGCAAUAAGGGACCAUCAAAUAAAAAGAAAGGCCGUUCUAAGAAAGCUCAUGUUUUAGCUGCAUCUGUUGAGCAAGCAACUCAAAACUUUCUGGAGAAAGGAGACAAAAUAGCCAAAGAGAGCCAAUUUCUCAAGCAGGAGUUAAUAGAUGCAGUUGAGGAUGUUCGCAAGCAAGGAGAGUUAAUGAGAAGCGCUUCUGGGGAGUUUGCUGAUGAUCCAUGCUCAUCUGUGAAACGUGGAAACAUGGUUCGAGCUGCACGUGCACUGCUGUCUGCAGUUACAAGAUUGCUUAUAUUGGCUGAUAUGGCAGAUGUUUACAAACUACUUGUUCAGCUUAAAGUGGUGGAAGAAGGAAUUGUAAAACUAAGAAAUGCUGGCACAGAGCAGGAUUUAGGAAUACAAUACAAAGCUUUAAAAGCUGAGGUUGACAAGUUGAAUGUAAUGGCUGCAAAACGGCAACAGGAGCUGAAAGAUGUGGGGCACAGAGAUCAGAUGGCUGCAGCUCGUGGAAUCCUGCAGAAGAAUAUUCCAAUUCUUUAUACUGCUUCCCAAGCAUGUCUGCAACAUCCUGAUGUAGCUGCUUACAAAGCAAACAGGGACUUGAUCUAUAAACAACUCCAGCAAGCAGUCACUGGCAUCUCUAAUGCAGCACAAGCCACAUCAUCUGAGGAAAUCGCUGCACAGCAUGGAGGAGGAGAGCUAGCUAUUGCGCUAAACAAUUUUGAUAAACAAAUCAUUGUGGAUCCUCUUGGCUUCAGUGAAGAGAGAUUCAGACCAUCAUUGGAGGAACGAUUAGAAAGUAUCAUCAGUGGAGCUGCUCUUAUGGCUGACUCCUCUUGCACCCGUGAUGACCGCCGGGAGCGAAUAGUAGCUGAAUGUAAUUCUGUUCGACAGGCUUUGCAGGAUCUUCUGUCAGAAUAUAUGGGAAAUACUGGACGAAAGGAAAGAAGUGAUGCGCUAAACUCUGCAAUAGACAAGAUGACCAGAAAAACACGAGACCUGCGCAGACAGCUGCGUAAAGCUGUUAUGGAUCAUGUUUCUGACUCCUUUCUGGAGACAAAUGUACCACUACUUGUAUUGAUUGAAGCUGCGAGGAAUGGAAAUGAGAAAGAGGUCAAAGAAUAUGCCCAAGUGUUUCGUGAACAUGCAAACAAACUUAUUGAGGUGGCCAAUUUGGCAUGCUCCAUAUCCAAUAACGAAGAAGGUGUCAAACUAGUUCGCAUGUCCGCAAGUCAGCUGGAAGCUUUAUGUCCACAGGUAAUAAAUGCAGCUUUGGCCCUUGCUGCUAAGCCUCACAGCAAAGUAGCUCAAGAAACAAUGGAUCUUUUCAAAGAGCAGUGGGAAAAACAAGUUCGUAUCUUGACUGAUGCAGUUGAUGACAUCACUUCAAUCGAUGACUUCUUGGCUGUUUCAGAAAAUCAUAUUUUGGAGGAUGUCAAUAAAUGUGUCAUAGCUCUUCAGGAAAAAGAUGUUGAUGGUCUGGAUCGUACAGCUGGUGCAAUACGUGGGCGUGCAGCUAGAGUCAUCUAUGUUGUUACUUCAGAGAUGGAUAAUUAUGAACCUGGAGUCUACACAGAAAAAGUUUUGGAAGCGACCAAACUUUUGUCAAAUACAGUCAUGCCACGAUUUACAGAGCAAGUUGAAGCUGCAGUUGAAGCCCUCAGUGGAGACACCAAUCAACCAAUGGAUGAAAAUGAAUUUAUUGAUGCCUCUCGAUUAGUGUAUGAUGGUAUUCGUGAUAUCCGGAAGGCAGUGCUGAUGAUAAGAACUCCUGAAGAGCUGGAUGAUUCAGAUUUUGAGACUGAAGACUUUGAUGUAAGAAGUCGAACCAGUGUCCAGACUGAAGAUGACCAACUUAUUGCUGGACAGAGCGCAAGAGCAAUUAUGGCUCAAUUGCCACAAGAGCAAAAGGCUAAAAUUGCUGAACAGGUGGCAAGUUUCCAAGAGGAGAAAAGUAAACUUGAUGCUGAAGUAUCAAAAUGGGAUGAUAGUGGAAAUGACAUUAUCGUUCUAGCCAAGCAAAUGUGCAUGAUAAUGAUGGAGAUGACUGAUUUUACUAGAGGAAAGGGACCACUUAAAAAUACAUCAGAUGUUAUUAGUGCAGCAAAGAAGAUUGCAGAAGCUGGGUCACGUAUGGACAAGCUGGGACGUACCAUAGGUGAUUAUUGUCCUGAUUCGACUUGUAAAAAUGAUCUUUUGGCAUAUCUUCAGCGCAUAGCUCUAUACUGUCACCAGCUAAACAUUUGCAGCAAAGUUAAGGCUGAAGUUCAGAAUCUUGGGGGUGAAUUAGUUGUCUCUGGGGUUGAUAGUGCCAUGUCCCUAAUUCAAGCUGCCAAAAAUUUGAUGAAUGCUGUGGUACAAACAGUUAAGGCAUCUUAUGUGGCCUCUACAAAGUACCAGAAAUCACAAGGAAUGGCAUCCUUAAAUCUCCCAGCAGUUUCUUGGAAAAUGAAGGCUCCAGAGAAAAAGCCCCUGGUCAAGAGAGAAAAACAGGAUGAAACUCAAACCAAAAUAAAACGUGCAUCUCAGAAGAAACAUGUCAAUCCUGUGCAGGCACUUAGUGAAUUCAAAGUUAUGGAGAGCAUAUAAGCAUAUAUGAUACAAAUGUGAUAUUUUGCAUUGUUCACUUUUCUUACAUAAGCCAGUUGGGUCUUUUUUUGUUAGAGAAUUAACACAAUCCAUUUGGAAAGUAUGUUAUAUCAUUUAUAUGACACCACUGUCAACAUGGAAAGUUUUGUAAAUCCACUUUUCUGUAGUUGUCGAUUGCCUGCAUUGGUCAUGUGGACUAGGCGCUACUCUGCUCCAUUCGAACACCCACGAUCAGGUCAUCUAUUUUAAAGGGUCAUAUAACCCCUUUAAGUUACGAUACCCUGAGGGAAUAUUUUUGCUUUAGUAUUCAAAAGUGGUUUUAUCUUUGAAGGAUAUUAAUUAAAGGGGUAUUCCGGUUAUAACAAGUUAUCCACAGGAUAGGUAAUAGCUAUCAGAUCGGUGGGGGUCCUUUAAUUCCCUUACGAUUGCCUGUGCUUUGGCUGAUAUGUUUAGAUAGUGUUUAACUUUUACUCUUAAUAUAUAAAAAAAAUUAUGUCUUUUUUAUUUCGAAUGUUAUAUUGGAAGAUUUUUUUUCUCUCUUUCUAUUAACACUGCCAUGGCAAUCAGUGACCCAUAUGUCAUCAUUGGCCCGAGGGUACUAAAGCUUUCUACCUUAAUUAUAGCUGUCGGCAAUAUUGUAAUCUGCUUUAUUUGAUAGACUUUAUACAUAUUCCUGAAAAUUACUAAAUGACAUGUCUUUCUAUAGAAAAGUAAAAAAAAAAAUUGUUACCCUUAAAGGCAAUGUGUCACCAAAAUGUUUUUUAUUUUGACAGUUAAAACAAUUAGCAAAACAUCCUUUUUUUUUUUAAUCUAUUGUCUGAUCUAAUCUAAUCAUAAUGCCACAUGGUCCAUAGACACAAUGGUCUGGAGGAGACCUCAUUGACUUUUAUGGGAGGUUUUCUAGGCAUGCUCUGUGGUGAUCUGUGCAGAGGUCAUUUUACAAGCAAGGAGUAGAUAAUGUUUUUGAGGGUCACCUAUUGUGAAUGGAGGAUCUCUACACAGAUGUGAUAUAUGCCAAUCUAAAACUGCCUGUAAUUAUAAUUACAUAACUGCAUUAACGUGAUCUGUACAAAACUAUUAGUAUUAGUGGCCAGUGAGAAAACUGCAGGAUUUUAUGGUUUUUGUUUAAAUAUAUAUAUUGAUAUAAGUAUAUAUAUUUAACCUGGCAUGUAAAGCAUGUUAAAUAGUUGCAGCAAACUUUAAUUUGACUUUCAAUGUUUUUUUUUUCUCUAUUAAGCAUUUUUAAUGUGUUGGGUGUUACAUUUGCCGCAUCCAUACAUCUGAUGGCCUGACUGGCAGUGGUAAAGAAUAAUCAGACUCCUUAAGCUACGUUUCACUCUUUCUAGAACUGUAAAAUAAAGGGUUUUAAAUUUUUGUCAGAACUAAAGUAAAACAGCAAUCUGUAUUUUUAAUUUUCUUUUCUGUCUUUUUUUUUUUUUAUAAUUCUAAUAUAUGCAGGUCUCUGUUCAAGUACAUUUCAUAACACUGGAAAAAAGCUUUGAAAAUUGUAAUUAUAAAUUGAGAAACCUAUUUUCUAUGCUGCAAAUAAAAUAAACUUUCCUACAAAAUUA